UGAUGAUCCUGGGUUACCGUGAUUCUCUUAGAGAGGAAUGGCUCCUGGAAAUGGCUCAUUUGUGACUGAAUUCAUUCUGGUGGGGUUAACAGACCGAGCAGAUGUCCAACUCCCCCUGUUCAUCCUGUUUCUAGUAAUGUAUAUAGUUACUGUGUUAGGAAAUUUGGGUUUGAUAACUCUUAUUGGGUUGAAUUCACACCUUCAUACCCCCAUGUACUUUUUCCUCUUUAAUUUGUCCUUCAUUGAUCUCUGCUAUUCUUCUGUGUUUACACCGAAAAUGCUGAUUAACUUAAUAUCAAAAAAGAAUAUUAUCUCCUACAAGGGGUGCAUGACCCAGCUUUAUUUUUUGUGUUUUUUUGGUAUUUCUGAAUGCUAUGUGCUCACAUCAAUGGCCUGUGAUCGCUAUGUGGCCAUCUGUAACCCACUCAUGUACAACAGUGCCAUGUCUCCUAACGUGUGUUUCAGCCUUAUGUUUGGUUCAUACUUGGUGGCAUUUUCUGAUGCUAUGGCUCACACAGGGUGCAUGCUGAGACUGACCUUCUGUGAUGCAAACACCAUCAACCAUUAUCUUUGUGACAUCCUUCCUCUGCUCGAGCUUUCCUGCACAAGCACCUAUGUCAACGAGCUGGUAGUUUUCAUUGUGGCGGGCAUCAAUGUCAUUGUGCCCACUGUCACCAUCUUUGUUUCCUAUGGUUUCAUCCUUGGCAGCAUCCUCCGCAUCAGUUCCACAGGAGGCAGGUCCAAAGCCUUCAGCACCUGCAGUUCCCACAUAAUUGCUGUUUUGCUCUUCUUUGGAUCAGGUGCAUUUAUGUAUCUCAAGCCCUCUUCUGCUGGAUCUAUGGAUCAGGGAAAAAUCUCUUCUGUCUUUUAUACUAAUACAGUUCCUUUGAUGAACCCUUUAAUUUAUAGCUUGAGAAACAAAGAUGUUAAAUUUGCUUUGAAGAAAACCUUAUACAGGAGAAAGUUUUAA